UGACAUGACAUGAGCAUCUUUCUAGAAUGAAGUAGAAUUUUAAGAAAAAUAACGCAACUGUCAUUUAGUGUUUGUGUACAUAAUAAUUAAUUUUAAGUAUAUUUUUAAUUUUGUAACAUACACAAUGUCUAACGUUUUUGGUUUAAUUGUAUCGGGACGACUGGUACAAACAGAUUUUACGCCGCUGACAGAGACAACGUUUAUCAUAACAAUUCCGGAGACAGAGUCGAUCAACCACGCGGCGGUGUUCCUGACGGGAGUGGCGCCGCUGCCGGCGGGUACCGCGGGCAUGGUAUACUGGAGCUGGCCCGACCCCGCGGCACCGCCCAGCUGGCAACUGCUCGGGCACAUCUCAAACGCAAAGCCCUCUGCCAUAUUUAAAAUAUCCAACCUCAAGAAGCUCCACGAAUUGUCUGCGGAAAACAAAAUAGGCGGUGCAUUUGGACAGCAACAGAUCUGCAACUAUGCUCAGAUAGGAAUAUCCAUUGAACCAGAGUCAAAUGUUGAGUUGCUCGCCUCAUCUGUGGCGGCGGAAACAAAUCAGUAUGUAACAUUUGCACAAAAGAUGUUGGAGAAUCUUGUGAACUUUGUGGCGUCGUUCUCCGUGACUCAGGACCAGAUGACGCCGACGCCGGGCGUCUCCUACAUCCCUCUCAACACUCUGCACACCUGGUACCAAAACUUUGAGCGCAGGCUGCAGCAGAAUCCAAACUUCUGGAAGAAUUAAUCUCACCACUGCAAAUGAACCUUGUAUUAGUGGACAGACAAUUUUGUGUAAUUUGUUUUAUUUUGUGUGGAUGUCAUAAACGGAGUGAAAAAUAAAAGCACAGAUUUGGUGGACAUAGAGAUGUGCUUCACAUGGAGCUGAAGAAGGAAAUUUACUAGAUGACAUGUGUCAUUAGAUUUCCUUUUAAAUAUAUUUAUUUUAAGUUAGAAAGUGAUAAAAAAAGUAAUUAGACUAAUACGGGUGGCAGGAUCGGUGUAAGCAAAUAUCAGAGAUUGGCUACUCAUUGUCCUGUGUCCAUGUUGUGGAGGGGAAAUUGUUAAUACAUUUAAUAUUGUGGUGUGUGAGUGAAGUGAUCCUGCCGGCAUUGCCCUGCAUUUACUGCAAUGACAAUACAUUGUACACAUGUUACUUGAAGAUGUUUACAUACAAUAUUGUUGCUGAAUUAUUGAAAUGUAUUUUUAUUGGAUUUGAAGAUUUAUAAAACUUGUAGCGACCAAACAGUGCACGGUACACGGUGCACAUUGUUAUCAAAUUAUAUUGAACAUGUUAUAUUUCAAUAGUACUUGUGCCUGACCGCCUCCAACCCCCGCACCCUCACACCCCCACACCGCAUUGCUGGCAUAAUAUUUAUGUUCUUCAAGACUGCUUACAUAGAUAUAUUUUUACAAUAAAAUGUUUUUUUCUAUUUGUGAUCUUUUUUAUUGCAAGUGUUAAUUGAUUUUUAUUCCAUUCACCCACAAGGUAUUCCGCACGCAUGUAUGUAUGUAUGUAUGUAUGUAUGAGAGAUGACAAAUGCAUUUUGACCGGGAUCAUCUUCUGCUCUUUGAGUGUGCUUGAAUUUUGUAGCAUUAUUAGAUUU